GGCAGGGCUUGGCAUUUGCGCCCGGGACUCGCCCAAGACGCAGCCCCGGGCAGCCUCAAGCGUCCGCGCGGCGCCUCCCCGAAGCGCUGCGCCCGGCUCCAGGCGAACGAGCCGUAGUAGAGGCGCGCGCCGGCUGCCCCGCCAGGGCAAGCCGCAGCGCUGCCCUAAAGAUGAAGGACUACUUCCGCAAGUCGAAGGCCGACCCCUUGUUGGCGGCGACGGUCAUCCCGGGCUGGACCGAGGAGCUGGCCUCGCUCGAUGCGGAGACGACGCGGUUGCUCGCGGACGUGCGAGGCGACAAGCGGCCACGAAAGGACACAUCCAGAGCAGCGAAAGAUAAACUAGACAGCCAGCCCGUCGUGACGAAGCGCAAAACACCAAAAAAGAAGAAGCGCGUCAAGCGCGUCACGCCGCCGCCCGAGGAGCCGCCUACCGCGCCGUCUCGGACCGAGAUUGAAAGGGCCAACAUCGAGUUCACGCAGCAGGCUUCCGAAGUUCAUGAAGGUGCUGAUAGUUACAUCCCCGAUGUGGGUGUCAGGCUGCAGCACCUCGCGGAUGAACGAAAACGACUCGCGGUCAUCGCACGGGCGAACGCCGAGCGCGCCGUGCAGCGCGCCUACGCUUCCACGGAGAGGAAAGCUCGAUCUCAUAGACUAGCGGAAGAUGAGGCCGCUUUGAUGGUCCAGCGCAACUACCGAGGCAAACUUGGUAAGAGAGCGUACGACCUCGAGCGCGAGGAACGGCACUUACACGAGCAAAUUGAAAAAAGAUGGGUCGAGGUCUGCGACCGCGACACGGGCGAGUCCUGGUAUUUUAAUACGAUGACCCAACAAUCACAAUGGGACGCUCCUACGAGUAUGACUGGGGUCGUGCCUACCACUGAUGAAACGGUGACACUACCACCCUUGAAACCUGUUAUCCCUCAAGAUGUUGAGAGACCAUCCACAUCGUCAUCUUUGUCUGAACAAAGAGAAUUAGCACGAGCGUCGCUCGAACUGCCGGCCGAUCCUAUCCAAGACCCCGUUCGCCACUCGGUCGAACGAAAAAAGAAGUACAUCCCGUCCUUGGAAGCGCUACAUACGUCUACGGGUUCCGAAGCGCCGGCUCGCAUACCUUCGCCGCAAGCACGGCCGCCGGAGCCCGGGAGUGCGUUGUACGAGGGCGAGGAGCAUCCCCUGCGAGAGCCGCGCCAACAGUCUCGAGGUGGGGAAGGUCCUUUGUUCCUACCGAACGGCCGAGCGCGAAAGGAGGCCCUCAAGGCCGCGGUCGCGGAAACGCUCCAGACCAAAAAAUUCGAUAGCGUCGAAACGCUCAUGAACAGCCAUCGCGACCAACUGAGGAGAGAGGCGUCGAUGCUCGAGUAUGCCGUAUCGGAAGGCAUCGUGGAUACGGAUAGCAGAGAGAAGAUUUUCGGGGACGACCGGCCGCGGAUGUCCGCUGUCAGUGUUUUAAUGAAGAAUUCCGAAAUAGCAGCGAAAAAACAGCAAGCGCGCCUCGACCAGUACAAGUGGAAGGACAAGACCAUGGCGCUGCGGCACGUCGAGCACGACGGCUUCGGCGCGCCGCCUGAUUCUGACGCGCCGCCGAAGCCCGAUCCUGCCCUGUUAUUGGGUGAGGAGGUCCCCGACUUCUCGUCGGACAAGCCCCAGAAGAUCUGCUUCAACUGCUGGAGUAGUGGAAGGAGGAAUUGUAAAAUCCACGCGAUCGAGGAGGACUUCACGGACGCGUCCAAGAGCAUGCUCAUGUGCCAGAACUGGAAUCUGGAAGAUCUGGAGCGGCGGUAUCGCUCCGAGGAGAUCCAGGAGCUGUUCCAGAAAUCCGUGUCCUCGUUGCGCUACUGUCAAGAAAGAAAAUGCUUCAUCGCGACGGUCGAGCAGAAGCAUCCUAUUUAUAGAUUGUUGUUCGCGCAAGUCGGCAAAUGCAACUUUACGAUGCGGCGGAAGCUCCACACGCGGGUCUGGAUCGCCUCACUCGUCGAGGAGUUAAGAUGCGGUAAAAUAAAAGUACCCGGCGCGAAGGAUAGCGGUAACAUGCUGCGACUGAGGAAUACGUUAAUGAACGGCAUUUUUGUGCGUGGUUUUACGCGGAAAACAAGACAUCGACGGCCACUCGCACCAGUAACGGGUACGUCCUUCCCCGAAGUUACGGGUCGACAGACUUAUUUAUUGGAGUACGACACGCCCGGAAAACAGAUACUCAAGUGGCAUCCUGUGUGGAGAGGUGCAGGUCCGGAUUUUCCUGAGAAGUAUAACCAGACGGAAUAUGCGUUUAUCUUGAGUCCACCGCUACCGUAUCCUGAUAAAUUGUACCAGCCCCAAGUGUAUCCAUUGCCGGCGCCUCGGACCAUCCCCAUGCCCGAACCUACUUACAGUCACGAUGCGGCACCACUCGCGAGGAACCGUUUUGUGGAGGAAAAUCACGCCGUGGCCUGGUUCGAGCGCUUUGCCGCGGCGAUGACGCGCGACAGCGUGAAUGCCGCCAUGUCGACGGUUAGGACAUUGUCACCGGUCGCGGGCAUGGCUUUGUUGCGAAGGACGAAGUACCCCAGUCCACAUACCGUGAAAUUCGCCACUUUUGCGAGGAAGCCUACUCCAGGAAACAGAGCUGUCGGUGGUCUAGCGGCGGAACUGACACUCUACCAACUCGUGCAGGCCGUCGUACCCCCGCAAUUCGGCAACUUUUCGGUAAUGGAGCGCCAGGCGAUCGUGUCCGAGAUCUCCGCGGAAAUUACGGCGGCCUUUCCGACCUAUGCGGUACUACCGAUCGCGCAAGUCUUUGUGUCGCGGGCUCUCGAACACAUCCUGAACUACCGCAAAGUGCCGACGAUAUGUAUCGCUACGGUGGUGUUGCGAUUCCAGCGGCAUUAUUUUGGGAAAAAUAGGGAGUUCCAGACCGGUGAAUCGUCAGACGUUGGUUUCAGGACGUCCUGCCACGCGGCGGGCUUCGAACACAUCGUGAUUACGGAAACGCACUUGCGGACGUUCCUCCCGUCCGACGAAAUUGCAGAGCCCAACGCCCCGGGAGCCAACGAGACGAACACGACGAAAGUCGACCACACCUACCCCUUCUGCGAACCCAGCUCCAGAAACAACACGACGCUCGACUUUUAUCACUUACUGUUAGUUGAUCAUGCCUCGGCCAAUAAAGAGCAAAUAUUUACGAAUUUGGGCGUGCAGCAGUGCGGCGAGUUCAUGCACCGGGCGGACCCAUCGAGACCGCUGGGGCAGUUCGUAUCUUUGAUUUAUAGAUCCUGGGCCUUUGUACAAAGAUCGCUCUUCGAAGAGUACCGCACGGACGAUGGGAUUGCCUACUGGUACAAUCGGCGGACGGGCGAAACGCACUGGGAGCGGCCACUUGCCGAUUGUGAGCAGCUGGGCGUCAUGGAUGGCGGGGUUAGAGUAGAUUACGAGGACGAUUAUCGGGAUCCGAAGAUACCCGUAAAACAGCGGCCCACGCAUCAGGUCCGGACGCUCAUAAACAAGCACCACGAGGAGCCCGAGGAGGUCAAAGAGAGGCGAGACGCUGUGAAUCGGGACAUUAAUGCUCGACGGGACAACGGUACGUUGCCGCCUAAAGAAAAUGCUGACCCGGUGCAGGUGCGGACUCGACCGACUCUUGAGGAGUUAAGUAGACGAAAUAGGGACGCGAAGCCGCCCUCUGCUGGGUUGGCGGCUGCUCAACUCGGGAAGGAUGCGACACCUGCUCGCGCUGUAGUAGGUAAAGAUGAGACGCCGCCACCGACCGAUCGGCCGGGCACGGCCGGGACCUUUCCUUCUCGCCCAAGUACGGCGGCAGCGACGCCGCCGUCGACGGCGGCCACGACGACGCCGGCCCAACUCUCCGCUGCGGAUAAGAUCUCGAGCGAGAUCGCGGCUGCGUUGCUCCCGGCCAUCCAGCAAGGCACCACGAAUCCGUUAGAUCUGUUGAAACUCGGCUUGGGCCUGGGCAUGGGCCUCGGUGCGACCAAUAGUGCGGCCUUCCAGCCGCCUUCAUCUGAUCCGCUUACGUCGGCGGCGAGGCGACGGUCCAAUAGUAUUUCGUCGGACGAAGGCUCAGUAGGCAUUGUGGGCGAGGAACUGGGCCCGGAGGGUCGCAUGGACCCGGAGCACCUCAAAGAUGCGGCGCAGCGACGUGAUAAUGCUCAGAAACUAGGCGUCCCGAUCGGCGUACCCGGUAGCACGCUCCAAAAUCCAGAAAUGGACGAGCUGCCCCACGACGACGAAGAGGCGCAACGAGCGUACUACGAGAAGGAAGGCACGGACGAACUCACGACGACGGACGUGUUUCAAGGCGUGACCAAGGUUGAGUUGAGUGCGCCGCCCGACGAGGAGCUGCCGCCGCCGAUCGUGUUCCUUGGUGAUAGAAAGAAGGACAUCGAGGGGACGGCUCCUGUAGUUGUUUACCCUGAUCAACACUUGGAGCGGGAGGCGUUGGCGCGAGGUUUCAGUACGCACGACGUGGCCGGGCUCGGGACGUCCUUCGUUAACGAUGGGGUGGGCGAGGGCCAGAAGUACAUUUCGUCUGAAAUCCACAAGGAUACUUUGCUGAGGAGAGCCGCGGAACCGCUACCGGAAGGGUUCUUCCAGGCGAUCCACGCCACGCACGUCGGGACGGCUCAAGUCGACUAUCUACCCUGGAUCCCGAACCUGCCCCAGGCUAGACCGAUCGGUCGCAUCAAGCCGCGGCCCGCCGCCGAGGAUUGGCUCGCCGUCGGCUUCGACCCUUGGUCUGCGGGCAAGGAUCCUUUAUCAAUAGAAUUUAUUGGGUCAUUGGCUGCGAAGGCCGAGCAGGUCUUGGAGCAGGCGCCGCAGAAGAUCGAAGAAAGCUUCAUCGAUGUGACCGAUAGACAAGGCAUGGCGGCGCAAGAGGCCGAGGCCGCGCAACAGAACAAGUUGAGUGACGACUUCGAGCAGGUCGCUUCCUGGGCCCGCCAUUCCAGAUACAGGGAUAUAGAAAAUGCCAUGAACCAGCCCGACUGGAUGUUACCGAUUGACUACCAGGACGAGCUGGGCAAUACUCUACUCAGUAUCGCGGUACAGAACGGCAACAAGCGCAUCGCAAAACUAUGUCUCAGGAGAGGCGCGAACGUCAACCUGCCGAACAACACGGGGCAAACAGUAUUGCACUACGCCUACGCGUAUGGGUUCGAGGAUCUGGCCGAAUACUUGAAGUCGAAGGGCGCCGACGAUCGCCCGAAGAACGCGGACGGCCUGACGUGCUACGAGGGGUUGUCCAUGGAGGAGAUCGAGCAGAUCUAAGUAGCUCGGUAUGUG